CCUCUCUUUGUUCGUUUGAACGUAUUACAGUAACGAAAUUACUUACUAUGGCUGAUAACUCUCCGCAAGACCCUGCCGCGACGGCUACCAUUCAGCCAGAGGGCCAUUUGGAAGUUGAUGAUAACUUGGAUGCCAAUGAUUCGCUUUAUCAUUCGACGGUCGGAGGUUCGAGUUUUUUGUCGUCCCUGAAUUCAAGCAUAUACAAUUAUAGAUACGAAAAUGGACGUCGAUAUCAUGCAUUCCGAGAAGGCACUUAUCCCGUGCCCAACGAUGAAGAUGAGCAAGAUCGUAUGGACCUCGUUCAUCACGUAUACAGUAUCCUUCUUGACGGAAAGCUCCACCUUGCCCCAAUUGACGAGAAUCCUCAACGUGUACUCGACCUCGGCACAGGGACUGGUAUCUGGGCGAUAGAUUUUGCAGAUGAGCAUCCCUCGGCAGAGGUUAUAGGAAACGAUCUCAGUCCCAUCCAACCAGAAUGGAACCCACCAAACUGCACCUUUGAAGUAGAUGACUACGAGGACGAGUGGCUAUACCGCGCAGAAUUCGACUUUAUCCACGCCCGCGAGUUGGAAGCAUGUGUAGGUGACGAGGACCUCUUGCUACAGCGAGCUUUCCGACAUAUACGUUCAAACGGCUAUGUCGAAUUACAGGGCGUAGACGCGCGCUUUGAGUCCGAUGAUGGAACGCUCGAUAAGGGGCCUAAUGCCAAAUUGUGGAUGAAGCACCUAAUCGAGGCUUGUGCCAAGUUUGGCAAGCCUGUUGACUGUGCGGAUAAAUGGAAGGAUAGGUUGAUUAAGGCAGGGUUUGUGGAUGUUCAGCAAGAAGUCCGAAAGUUGCCUAUCGGACCUUGGCCGAAGGAUCCAAAGCUUAAGGAACUUGGUCGGUAUCAGGCUAUCCAAGAGUCAAAGGUCAUCGACUCCUACACGCCCAAACUGUUUGAGUACGCACUUGGUUGGAGUGCAGACGAGAUUCAGGUGUUGAUGGCACAGGUUAAGAAUGAGCUAAGAGACCCAGCUAUUCACCUGUAUCUCCCUGUCUAUUUUGUUUGGGGUAGAAAACCUUAGUUGAGCCAACUGCAGGAGAAGUUGUGGGCUAUAGCCAAGCCAGAGGAAAUGAGCUGUUCCGUAUCAUGUUGCAAACUUCUGACCUCAAGGUUUUUUCCCCAUAUACAAAUUGCCAGCACUUAUUCAUGAUUUGUUUUAUUUCCAGGGCCUAUGAAGAAUAAUGCAAUUAUGCCCUAUGCAAGUUUUAGCGUUAGAUCAGCGAGUUGAAUAAAGCUACUUGUGGUUGCUGAAAAAAGAA